CCGCGUGACGACUUCCAGCCCAGCGCCAGGCUCUAGGUCGAGAGCCAUACUUAAUCGCUUUGCAGUUUAGAGCUCAGGUCUUGGUUUCCAAAACUCCGAGGGAAACGGUGCCGGCGUCGCUUUUCUAAGAAGCUCAGUGCAGCGUUUUGACACCUGUGCAAACGUCUCUUCCAGCAUGUAAUUUCCGGUCAAAUUAUUUGAGGCAGGACUGUGAGUUUAAGAAAGGGUGGCGAGUAAGUGAGCUGUACAGGAGUGGGAACUUAGUAAACAAAGGACCGCUGGUUUAUAAGUGCAGAAAUGAGGGCAGGGAAGCACAGGUAGGAAGAGCAGGUGUUAUUUUUUUUUUUUUUUUCAUUCUGUGAACUAGCUGUCUUUGGCUAGUUCUCUGUUCACGGGGUUCCUGUUUCUGUUAAACAGUCAAGUGGGUCUCUAUCCUCAGUGGAAGGUGUCUGGAACAUUAAUAGACCUUUCCAAGCUCCAGUAACUACAGUUGAGAAAUCUAUGUGUGCAAAGAGUGUGGAGAAGUUAGGGAUCAUUGUGGUAGUGUCUUUUUCUGAAGAUUUUUGCCUUGCCUUUCGAACCCUGGGAAAGCCUCCCAAGGGUUCGAAAGGCAGGGUGGAAGCAGGGAGGGGUGAAGAUGGUCUGAAAGGAGGGGUUACUGAUGGCAGACCAAUGUGAGAAACCAAAGUGCAAUCCUUUUGAGGGGAGACCACUUUCCCAGGGCUCGCGUCGCCAGAGCAGACACGUGGAUCAUGAGAAGUCUCGAGCCCACCCGCGCGCUGCCGAAUGGGAAGGCCAUUGUGACUAUGUGGUGACUACAGUUAUCUUACUGCUGAAUUCCCCACUGGAAUCAUGGAGGAGAAACAGAUUAUAUUGGCUAAUCAAGAUGGUGGGACAGUGGCAGGAGCAGCACCCACCUUCUUUGUUAUCUUAAAACAGCCAGGAAAUGGCAAAACUGAUCAAGGAAUUUUGGUUACUAAUCGUGAUGCCUGUGCUUUGGCAAGUAGUGUGUCAUCACCAGGAAAAUCUAAAGGGAAGAUUUGCCUUCCAGCUGAUUGUACUCUGGGAGGAAUCACUGUCACCCUCGAUAACAAUAGUAUGUGGAAUGAGUUCUAUCAUCGAAGCACAGAGAUGAUUCUGACCAAGCAAGGAAGACGUAUGUUUCCUUACUGUCGUUAUUGGAUAACAGGUUUAGAUUCCAAUUUGAAGUAUAUCCUUGUGAUGGAUAUAUCUCCUGUGGAUAACCAUCGUUACAAGUGGAAUGGUCGUUGGUGGGAACCCAGUGGGAAGGCUGAGCCUCAUGUUUUGGGGAGGGUUUUUAUUCAUCCAGAAUCUCCUUCUACUGGUCAUUAUUGGAUGCAUCAACCAGUAUCUUUCUAUAAACUCAAACUUACCAACAAUACACUGGACCAAGAAGGGCAUAUCAUCUUGCACUCUAUGCAUCGCUACUUGCCAAGACUUCAUUUGGUGCCUGCAGAAAAGGCUACAGAAGUGAUACAGUUAAAUGGCCCUGGUGUCCACACUUUCACCUUCCCACAGACUGAAUUCUUUGCAGUAACAGCUUAUCAGAAUAUUCAGAUUACCCAGUUGAAAAUAGAUUACAAUCCAUUUGCAAAAGGCUUUCGGGAUGAUGGGCUGAAUAGUAAGCCCCAGAGAGAUGGAAAACAAAAGAAUAGCUCUGAUCAAGAAGGGAAUAGUGUUCCCAGUUCUCCUGGUCAUCGAGUCCGCCUUAUAGACGGUGAGGGGUUAGAGAUACAGCCAGGUGAUUUGGAUCCUGUAUCAAGGGGUCAUGAAACAUUUGGCAAGGGUUUGGAGAAGACUUCUCUUAAUAUAAAACGAGACUUUCUUGGUUUCAUGGAUAAUGAUUCAGCACUUGAAGUUCCUCAAUUGAAGCAAGAGGUUUCUGAAAGUCUUGUUGCCAACAAUUUUGAAGAUGGUUCCCGUAUAGUCUCACCAUUAGACCCAAAUGGAAGCUUCAAUGUUGUCAUUAAAGAGGAACCUCUGGAUGAUUAUGACUAUGAAAUUGGUGAGUGCCCAGAAGGGGUCACUGUGAAACAGGAAGAGACAGAUGAAGAGACAGAUGUAUACUCAAACAGCGAUGACGAUCCCAUACUAGAGAAACAACUAAAGAGACACAAUAAAGUUGAUAACCUAGAAGCUGACCAUCUGUCUUCUAAUUGGCUACCAAGCAGUCCAUCAGGUGUUGCGAAAGCGAAAAUGUUCAAAUUAGACAGUGGAAAGAUGCCAGUAGUCUAUCUGGAGCCUUGUGCUGUCACCAAAAGCACAGUGAAGAUUUCUGAGCUGCCUGAUAACAUGCUUUCCGCAUCUCGAAAGGAUAAAUCUUCUAUGUUGGCAGAAUUAGAAUAUUUGCCUACAUACAUUGAAAAUUCCAGUGAGACUGGCUUCUGCUUAGGCAAGGAAUCAGAAAAUGGUCUUGGAAGACAUUCACCAGAUCUCAGAGUGGUACAAAAAUAUCCCUUACUUAAAGAGACUCCGUGGAAAUAUCCUGAUAUAUCUGACAGCAUUAGCACUGAAAGAAUACUUGACAGUUCAAAAGAUUCAACUGGGGACUCACUUUCAGAAAAAGAGGACUUGGGCAGAAAGAGAACAACUAUGCUAAAGAUUGCAGUGGCACCAAAGGCUGUGAGUGUUAGUCAGAAUGCCCCUUCAAAUGUCCCUGGAAAAAGAGGAAGACCACGGAAACUGAAACUUUCUAAGGCAGGGCGACCACCUAAAAACACAGGAAAGUCUCUAACUGCUACAAAGAACACCCCUGUAGGCCCUGGAAGUACGUUUCCAGAUGUAAAGCCUGAUCUGGAAGAUGUGGAUGGUGUUCUCUUUGUUUCCUUUGAAUCUAAGGAAGCUCUAGAUAUUCAUGCAGUCGAUGGGACAACAGAAGAACCAUCUAGUCUUCAGGCAUCAACCACAAAUGACCCAGGCUGCAGAGCAAGAAUUUCCCAGUUGGAAAAGGAAUUGAUAGAAGAUUUGAAGUCCUUGAGGCAUAAGCAGGUGAUACAUCCUGGUCUCCAAGAAGUGGGCUUAAAAUUGAAUUCAGUGGAUCCAACAAUGAGCAUUGAUCUUAAAUACUUGGGAGUACAGCUACCUUUGGCUCCAGCUACUAGCUUUCCUUUUUGGAACCUUACAGGAACCAACCCUGCGUCUCCUGAUGCUGGAUUUCCAUUUGUUUCUAGGACAGGGAAAACCAAUGACUUCACCAAGAUCAAGGGAUGGAGGGGAAAGUUUCAUAGUGCUUCUGCAUCUAGGAAUGAAGGUGGAAAUUCAGAAAGUUCACUGAAAAACCGUUCUGCUUUCUGUAGUGAUAAGCUAGAUGAAUACUUGGAAAACGAAGGCAAGCUAAUGGAAACAAACAUGGGUUUCUCUGCCAAUGCUCCCACAUCUCCUGUGGUAUACCAGCUUCCCACCAAGAGUACCAGCUAUGUACGAACACUUGAUAGUGUACUAAAGAAACAAUCUACCAUAUCCCCUUCUACCUCUUACUCUUUGAAGCCUCAUUCUGUACCUGCUGCCUCUCGAAAGGCAAAGUCUCAAAACAAACAGGCAACUUUUAGUGGCCGAACUAAAUCAUCUUAUAAAUCCAUUUUACCAUACUCUGUUUCACCAAAGCAAAAACACUCUCAUAUGAUUCUAGGAGAUAAGGUUACCAAGAAUUUUUCAAGCACCAUCUCAGAAAAUCAGGUGAAUAACCUUGUUGUGCCAACUUUAGAUGAAAAUGUAUUUCCAAAGCAGAUUAGUUUGCGGCAGGCACAACAGCAGCAACAACAACAGCAACAAGGAACUCGCCCUCCGGGCUUGUCUAAAUCUCAGGUGAAACUAAUGGACCUGGAAGACUGUGCACUUUGGGAAGGAAAACCAAGGACCUAUAUCACAGAAGAACGAGCAGAUGUAUCUUUAACAACUCUGCUUACAGCCCAAGCAUCUCUCAAAACUAAACCUAUCCACACAAUCAUAAGGAAACGAGCUCCUCCUUGCAACAAUGACUUCUGUCGACUGGGUUGUGUAUGCUCCAGUCUAGCUUUGGAGAAACGCCAACCUGCUCACUGCCGCCGACCAGACUGCAUGUUUGGUUGCACUUGUUUGAAAAGAAAAGUUGUGCUUGUCAAAGGGGGAUCCAAAGCGAAGCAUUUUCAGAGGAAGUCUGCCCAUCGAGAUCCAGUAUUUUAUGAUACUCUGGGAGAGGAGGCAAGGGAGGAAGAAGAAGGAGUCAAGGAAGAGGAAGAACAAUUGAAAGAGAAAAAGAAGAGAAAGAAGCUGGAAUACACUAUAUGUGAAACAGAACCUGAACAGCCUGUACGACAUUACCCAUUAUGGGUAAAAGUGGAAGGUGAAGUAGAUCCAGAGCCAGUUUAUAUCCCAACGCCUUCUGUCAUUGAGCCUAUGAAACCAUUGUUGUUGCCUCAGCCAGAAGUUUUAUCUACUACUGUGAAGGGCAAACUGCUCACUGGAAUUAAACCUGCACGAGCAUAUACUCCCAAACCCAAUCCCGUGAUUCGGGAAGAGGACAAAGAUCCGGUCUACUUGUACUUUGAAAGUAUGAUGACUUGUGCCCGAGUUCGAGUAUAUGAACGAAAAAAAGAGGAACAGAGACAACCCUCCCCCUCCCCCUCCCCAUCUCCAUCAUUUCAGCAGCAGAGCUCAUGUCAUUCUAGUCCUGAGAACUAUACUGUAAAGGAACCUGAUUCUGAACAACAGCCCUUAAAACAACUCACCUGUGACUUGGAGGAGGAUUCUGAUAAAUCACAAGAAAAGAGCUGGAAGUCUUCCUGCAAUGAAGGGGAAUCCUCUUCUACCUCUUACAUGCAUCAGAGGUCACCUGGUGGUCCCACCAAACUGAUAGAGAUCAUCUCAGACUGCAACUGGGAGGAGGAUCGAAACAAGAUUUUGAGCAUCUUAUCCCAGCACAUCAAUAGCAGCAUGCCACAAUCACUUAAGGUGGGCAGCUUCAUCAUUGAGUUGGCUUCUCAGCGAAAGAGCCGGGGUGAGAAGAACCCUCCUGUUUAUUCUUCUCGUGUGAAAAUCUCUAUGCCAUCAUGUCAAGACCAAGAUGAUAUGGCUGAGAAAUCUGGAUCAGAGACUCCUGAUGGUCCAUUGUCCCCUGGGAAAAUGGAUGAUAUCUCUCCUGUGCAGACAGAUGCCUUGGAUUCAGUGAGGGAGAGAUUACAUGGAGGCAAAGGUCUGCCUUUUUAUGCAGGGCUUUCUCCUGCAGGGAAGCUUGUGGCCUAUAAACGUAAACCCAGUUCAAGUACAUCUGGGCUUAUCCAGAAUAACUGUGUAGAAUACAUUGAGGAUGAUGAGGAACAGGUGGACAUUGAGACUAUAGAAGAGCUCUCAGAGGAAAUUAAUGUUGCCCACAUGAAGACCACAGCUGCCCACACACAGUCAUUUAAACAGCCGUGCCGUACCCAUAGCUCUACAGAUGAAAAAGCUGCUGAAAGGAGUCGAAAGGCUCCACCAGUUCCUCUCAAACUGAAGUCUGAUUACUGGAGUGACAAACUACAGAAGGAAGCAGAAGCCUUUGCUUAUUAUCGCCGGACACACACUGCCAAUGAGCGGCGGCGCCGUGGUGAAAUGAGGGAUCUGUUUGAGAAAUUAAAGGCCACAUUGGGAUUACUUCAUUCUUCCAAAGUUUCCAAAAGUCUCAUUCUUACUCGGGCAUUCAGUGAAAUCCAGGGACUAACAGAUCAGGCAGACAAAUUGAUAGGACAGAAAAAUCUCCUGACUCGAAAACGAAAUAUUCUGAUACGGAAAGUAUCAUCUCUCUCAGGUAAGACAGAGGAAGUGGUCCUGAAGAAGCUAGAGUAUAUUUAUGCAAAGCAACAAGCACUAGAGGCACAAAAAAGAAAAAAGAAGAUGGGAUCAGAUGAGUUUGAUGUGUCUCACAGAAGUAGCAAACAGCAGGAAGGAUCUUCUGCAUCAUCUGUCGAUGUUGGACAGAUGUUUAUAAAUAACAGGAGGGGCAAACCUUUGAUUCUUUCCAGAAAAAGAGACCAGGCCACAGAAAAUACCUCACCCUCGAAUACUCCACACACCUCUGCAAACCUUGUGAUGACUCCACAAGGGCAACUGCUCACUUUGAAAGGUCCCCUAUUCUCAGGACCAGUAGUAACUGUUUCUCCUGGUCUCUUAGAAGCUGAUCUUAAGCCUCAAGUUGGCAGCAGUGCUAUGCCUCAAUCAGAAAAUGAUGACUUAUUUAUGAUGCCACGAAUUGUUAAUGUGACAUCACUGGCCACAGACGGAAGUUUGGUAGAUAUGGGUGGCAGUAAAUAUCCUCAUGAGGUUCCUGAUGGCAAGCCACCUGACCACCUGACAGAUACCAUCAGGAAUAAAGAUAACUCCUUAGAGGAUUCGGGUAGAAUCUCUUCCAGAGGAAACCAUAGAGAUGGCAGAAUGACAUUGGGUCCAACGCAGGUUUUUCUGGCAAAUAAAGAUUCUGGUUUUCCACAAAUAGUUGAUGUUUCCAGUAUGCAGGAAGCACAGGAGUUCUUACCUAAAAAGAUUUCUGGUGAUAUCAGAGGGAUUCAGUAUAAAUGGAAAGAGAAUGAAUCAAGAGGGGAGAGACUGAAGUCAAAGCAAUCUUCAUUUCAUAAAUUAAAAAUGAAAGAUCUGAAGGACUCAAGCAUAGAGAUGGAACUGAGGAAAGUAACAUCAGCUAUAGAGGAAGCAGCACUUGAUUCCAGUGAACUGCUAACUAACAUGGAAGACGAGGAUGAUACGGAUGAGACACUGACUUCUCUGCUUAAUGAGAUUGCCUUUCUUAAUCAACAACUAAAUGAUGACACUGUUAGCCUUGCUGAACUGCCGAGCACUGUGGAUACAGAGUUCCCAGGGGAUGCUCGACGGGGUUUUAUCAGUAAGCUUCCCUCUGGGAACAGUGCAACUUUCCAGGUUGGCCACUUGGGAACUGGUUUGAAAGAGUUGCCUGAUGUUCAAGGGGAGAGUGACUCUACUAGUCCCCUCCUUUUGCACUUAGAAGAUGAUGACUUUUCUGAGAAUGAAAAACAACUUGCAGAACCAGCCUCUGAGCCAGAUGUACUUAAGAUUGUUAUUGACUCUGAGAUAAAGGAUUCCCUUAUUUCCCACAGGAAAACUAGUGAUGGAGGGAAGAGUACUUCUGACCUCCCUGCAGAGCCUGAAAGUGUGUCCUCACCCCCCCUCCUACACAUGAGGACUGGCCUGGAGAAUAGCAGCAGCACGGAUACUUUGUGGAGGCCUAUGCCAAAGUUGGCACCUCUAGGUUUAAAAGUAGCUAAUCCUUGCAAUGAUGCAGAUGGUCAGAGUCUCAAGGUGAUGCCUUGUUUGGCACCUAUAGCUGCCAAAGUUGGGUCAGUUGGACACAAAAUGAACUUAACAGGGAGUGACCAGGAAGGCCGGGAGAGCAAGGUGAUGCCUACAUUGGCACCUGUUUUGGCUAAAUUGGGCAACUCUGGGGUCUCACCAAGUUCUGCAGGGAAAUGAAUUCAUUUGUCCUUAGGCAGAAGCCAGGCUAUGAGGGAAAAUUGAAUCUCACCUCCUUUCUCUGCAGGCAUCUCUUUAUUUGUGUCUUGGAACUUUGGUCCUUGACUUUGUUGAUGAGGUGGAUAAUAGAGAAAGGGGGUAGGGUGCUGACCCUGGUAUAAGAAAUACUAUGAAAUUCUGAUCAUGUUAAAAUGUGUUACCUCACUUGUGGUGCUGGGUCCCCUCAUCCUUUCUAAGAAGAUGUGAUCCAUUACUAAACACGAGGUGCCCCUCUUACCCAAGGAAUUCAUAACAAGACUGUGGUUCCAUAGUGGUUCCUAGUUCUUCCCCUCGAGAGAACAGGCUGCUUGCAACUUUGGAGUUGCUAUGGACUGAAGGUAGCUGAUAGCUGUUGGAUUAAGUCUGAAAUCUAAGGAAUGUGAUGCACUUGUACAAAGGGAUCCAGAAAAGAGAAGUUUUAAUUGAUGUUUCAAGAAUAGGGAGAGAGAGGAUGGGUACCAUGGAAUACCAAAGUGAAGGACUUUGUGUCAUUUGGGAGAAUUUUCUCUUUCAUAUACCAAGUAGCUUCCAUUCCCUCACUUUUUCAAUUAGAAUUACAAAUUCAAGCCUUCUGGUAACGUAGGAUGCGUUUAACUUUUAUUAUUAAGGUAAUUAUUUUGAGAUGUUACAGAAAAUAGUAGUUCUAGUUCUCCCUUAUUGGGUGGGUGGGUGUUGAAAAGCUCAUUUCACAGUGCCAGGGAUUUCUACUAGGAAUAUGUAUUUUGGAAGUAACAUGGAGGGAGCCUUACCCCUUUCACAAAUCACAUCAUUCAAGAAACAGCUAAAGUGAAAUGCAUUUUCUCCCCAUGCCAGAGAUAGUGGCCAAAAUCCAAAAUUGUGGGGCUGGAUAUUUCCCAAAUCAAACCAGCUUCCUGGUGCUUGAAGGUUUCAUUCAAUAUUACCUGCAGAGGAUGUAAAGAAAAGUCACAGUAGGCACUCUUUACCAGGGAAAUGAGGCAGUAUUUGAAUCACAAGAUAUAUUUUUUAUCUGCUACCAUGGAUUCAAUGAUCUGUAGAGCUUUUUCACUUGUUAGCUGUCAGAGUAUGAAGGACUGACAGUCUGUAAAGAUAAAGAUAUUUAUAUUUUUGUAUAGUUGUUUUCAUAGAUUUCUCAAAGGCUGAAGUUUUCAACCUAGAAGAUGAGAUUUGUAUUGAGUAUAGAAAUGAUGUUUCCUAUCUAGUUUGUAAAUAAUCAUGGUGCACUUGAGGGGUCUCUUGGAAACUCCUGGGGGCAAGAAUCACUAUUCUGAAACUGUAUAGACUGGGAUUUAGCUGCUGCAUUUUGCCUUUCUUAAAUAAUUAUAUUUUGGAAUGUAACCCCUGUUCUGUCUUCAUUGACAGGAUAUACUUGUGUUGUAAAACACUAACACAAGAGCUUCCAGUGCCUGGGCUGUGCCUAGGUUGAUGUUAUUUCUUCUACAUCCCCUGCCUUCUUUAUCCCAAAUCCCACUCUGCAUAUAGUCAGACCUAGGUUGUGAAACCAACUUUGGAAUGGAUAAUAGCCAGUGAAUUACUACUUCCAUAGUUGGUUCCCUAUUAACUCUGGUAAUCAACAGAUUGAAAAGGGUAGAAAACUUUCUCUGCAAAUUUGCAGUAUGAUCAAGUUCUUGUUGGUUUUGUGCUGCUUGCUUUCCUAGACCUGCUCAUCAGCACUUAACCUUCCCUCCCCUAAAGGUUACUGAAGAAGCUUGAAGUAGGUAAAGAAUGCUACUCAGCUUCUUGUCCCUUCCACUCUACCCAGCAGAUUUCAUUCAAUGCCUUAGCCAAGGAGUCCAGCACCUGUCUCCCCUGCUAGUAAUUGUUCUUAGAGAUGCUAGUACUUUAACCCAGGUAUGGCAGUUUCCCAUUAUUUCCUUGCUUGUCUUUUCCCUACAUUUCCUCCUGACUUCCCAAGCCUCUUGUGGCUGUUGAGGGUCAGCCAAGGAGCAGGCAAGUGAGUGAAUAAUCCUCAGGAAAAGAAGGACCAUUUUAGCUUCUGAACACUUCCUUUUUUUUUUUUUUUAGAAGGAAAUAGGCAAACAGGUAAUAAUUCUUGAUUGGAGGAUAUUUAACUCUGUUUAUGAGAGAUAUAUAAAGAUGGAAGUGAAGGAUGAUGCCAGGUGUUUAUGGGGAAGGCUGCAGAUGUUACUACAAACCCAAAAGAUAGUGUUCUCAAGACCUCUUAGAACUAAGUGUCCUCAGAGCUAAUUUGGGGAGGGUUCCGUCUUCAAAACAAUCCUGCAGUCUUGACAAAAAUCUAAAUUUCCAAAAACUCCUACCCUUUAACCUUACCCCAGGAGAAACUAAUUAUGAAAAUUACAUGAGUGAUUAUGAAAGAUGAAGAGUGAGAGGAGUUGAGGAACCUGGAAGACAGUGAGCUCUCAACCUAACUCUAUAAGAAGCAUGAUCUCAGUAGACCAAUAAUUCGCCUUUUUAUAACAUCUGUAAAUAAAUGGAAUGUUUUUAAGAAUAUAAUUAUGUCAGAUUUAGCAUUUUCUUUUAUAUAUUAAAUAUAUAUCUUUCCUUUUCUGCUUUUGAAAAGUGACUAUUUUUUUUAGAAACCUAAGAACCGAAGGAGUUUGGUGAUGGGAAGGCAGAAUGUAUAAACCUGGAAUAAAUCAGUUGUAACAAUUAAAGCAG